CUUCCAGCAACUGUCCAAUCACAGGGGGUUUUGGUGUGACGUGGCCACCAUCGACGCUUAAUGGCAGGAAGAACCGAUGCGGCAGCUUGGGCGUCCGCGUCGUUGAAUUAAUAACAAAACAAAAAAUACUCGCAGACAUUAACUGCGAAGGCGCGCGUUUUGCCGCUGGAAUAGCAUUAAAUCAAAUCCGGAGUCCACGCGCUCUCCGGAACUGGACGGAGACUCGAGGGAGGGCAGAAAGACAAGCUAGCGGUUAGCUUAGCACCAAGCUCCGCCGAAACAAUUACUACACACAUCCAUGUGGAAAGGUGACACGUCCCGCCGCGAACCUGGGGACACUUGUUGAGGGGAGGACGACUGCGCCGGUCCGUUCUUACGCGCGUGACACCGCGUGGACGCCGAUUCGUCUUUGCAUGGGUGAGUGAGUGGCGACCAUGAGUGGCGAGCCGGACGCGUUGGCUGUGGUCAACCAGCUGAGGGAUCUGGCGGCAGAUCCCAUGAAUCGGCAGGCUAUUGUCCAGGACCAGGGCUGUCUACCGGGACUUAUCCUGUUCCUGGACCACCCAAACCCUCAGGUGGUCUACUCUGCUCUGCUGGCGAUCCGAUACCUGGCAGAAUGUCGAGCCAACAGGGAGAAGCUGAGGGGAGAGCUGGGGAUGAUGCUCAGCCUGCAGAACAUCAUGCAGAAGUCCACCACUCCCGGAGAGACCAAACUGCUGGCAUCUGAAAUCUACGAGCUGCUGCAGGCCGCCAGCACAACCGAGUCUGAGCCAGCUGGAGCUGCUGUGAGCGGCCGCCGCAAAGCCCAGUUCUUCUUAGGCUCCAGCAACAAGAGAGCAAAGACAGUCAUCCUGCAUAUAGACGGACUGGACGACUCGAGCCGCAGGAGUCUGUGUGAGGAGGCGCUGUUGAAGAUCAGAGGAGUCAUUAGCUUCACCUUCCAGAUGGCCGUGAAGAGGUGCAUCGUCCGGAUCCGCUCGGACCUGAAGGCAGAGGCAUUGGCGUCUGCUAUAGCCUCUACCCAGGUGAUGAAGGCUCAGCAGGUGGUGAAGACAGAGAACGGCGAUGAGGUUCUGGUACCGUUUGCAGAGGAUGGUUCUGUGGCUGUGGAGCGGAACGAGGACCUGCCAGAAUACCUGCCUGAGGAUGAGAGUCCGUCCCAGGAACCGGACAAGGCUGUGAGCCGGGUCGGAUCCAGCCAAGACAGUGCUAGCUGGCUUGGAGCUGCAGCCAAUUUCCUGUCCCGCUCCUUCUACUGGUGACCAACCCCACAGUUACAGGCUCCGCCCCCUUUCAGAGCCAAAACCUCUUCAAGCUGCCAAAUGUCACAUCAGAACCUAACCAAACUGAAACUCUCCGUCAUAGUCUGGAUCCGGUUCUGUGGCACAGACCAGACUGUCUUGAUUAACUUAACCAGUUCAGAACCAGGUCAGAACCCACAUUCUGUUUAUUUAUUCUGUGGGGGUGUGGCUUCGGCCCUCAUGUUUCUAUUGAAAAGAAAACUUUUUUAGACUCUUCAGAGACUCUGGAUUCUCCACAUUUAACUGUACUUCAGAACCAGAACUCUGAGAUCCGCAAGGUCGCUUUGACCCUUGAGAGAGCACGCCUCCUCCUCGGGUCAACCUUAUGGUGACGCUCUAACCUGCUGUACUUUUAGGUUCCUGUCAUUGCCCCUUUGAACUGAUGCCUUCAAACUAAACUCCACUGGUGCUCUUUGUUCUGAGUAAAGCCAACCCAUUUCCUUGUUCCAGGCCCGCUGGGCUGGACUUCUCUGCCUUCAGGAGUUUUAACAGGCUUCAGGAACUCUGCGACUUUCUGUCAGACUGAAAAUUCCACAUGAGGACCAACCCCAAAGUGAGCUCCUGUGAUUUCGGACCUCAGCAGCCAACAUCAGCGGCCUUUCCUACCAUUGUCUCCCAGUCCAGAAAGUUUUUGAACCCUCAACAGAUCUGAAGAUAAUCUGUUGUUCAUGGAGUCAUCUUGCAUGAACGAUGUGUUGUGCCCCACUGAGAUUAGGUUCUCUGGCUCUGUCCAGUUUCUGCUCUGAUGUGAGAUGUGCCAGAACCAAUAUGAAUGGAGCUUUAAUCUCAGCCUUGAAGUUUUUGAUAAUUGUAAAGUUCUGGUGGACCUAUGGGUCACAGCUGCCCUACGUUGGUUCUUGAGGUCUUCCACCCUGCCUGUAUUCCAGCUGUUCCUGCUCCUCUUGCUACCGGUUCUACCUGAAUCACUUCAGUCAGCCAGAAUAAUCAGCUAACCAGCAGCAGGCAGUGCAGAGAGAACCAGAAAACAGGAGGACGGUAGAUCUUGAGGACCCGGGUUGGGCCACCAGUCUCUGAGUUCUAUUACUGUGUUUUCUGCCGCUGUCACUUCCUGUUCAGCUUUUUCCAGUGAAAACAUCAAAUAACCACUGACUCACUGUAGGUCUGUGGAUUUUUCAGAUCAGACCAAUUGUGACCGUGGAGUCAAAGCAGUUUUUUUAUCCUUUGUGUUGUUGUUACUUCCCCAGGUUGGAAUAAAAACUUUUAUUUUGA